AUGGAUCCAGGCCAUGGCCCUCCCUGCUCGUCCCUCCAUCCCCUCUACAACGGUGAAGACGAGGCCCUAGCACUCGCCUCCCCCACGAGCUCCAGGUAUGAGGUCCAAGACCCGCCUCAUCUGGAUCGGGCCACGGUGUCGCGCCACCACCACGUGAAACCGGCUGCCUCCUCCGCCAUUGACGACAUCCACACGGACGGCCGUGCACCACCAACACCACCACCUCUCCCCUCGACACUCGGCUACAUGGAGGUUAUCUCAUUCCUGAGGGGAACAGCGUUUGAGCGGCCGCUGCCAGAUUUGGUAUCGUUCCUUUACAAGAACAGGAUCAUGUACCUGGCCGUCACUAGGCUCCUCAUUGGAGCGAUCAAUUUUGCGACUGGAUCUAAUCCUCUCUCACCUUUAUUUCUCUGA